AUGUCUACACGUACGCUGAGCGGACGCAGCUCAAGUGAAGGUUCGCCUGCAACGCAAUUAAGCUCCACGCGCCAGGCUGGUACUGUACUGUCCAUCUCGAUUGAGACUGAGGCUCGUGUGCAUGAGUGGCGACUGCAGGGGACUGAGGUAUGGGACUGUAACCUUCCCAUCCACAAUGUUGAAGUGCUCGUCGUCCGUUCCCGUCAUGAGCAUCAAGCUCGUGAUGCUCAUUGUCCGUUGCUCUCGUGCGCGCCAUAUACUCUCUCGACUCACCCAUCCAGUUCAUUGCAAUGGCAAGCACAAUGUCCUUCAACUCGUGCGACUGUAUACCUUGAGCGUCUGCAGCACUGCGCCGGGCCGAGCAGUAAGAUGCGCGUGUGCAUGGCGGGAUGGAUGAUGCAAGCCUUCCAGGUUGGAGCCCUUAGAGCGCCUCUCCCGAGCACUGCCUCAUUACUUGGCACCAGAAAGUACCCUCCGUGCCUGCCCUUGCGGGGCAUAAACGAUGCAACGGCGGUAGGCAGGAUAAUCGCACUCGCGGCCGGCGGCAACAUCAUGACCCGAAGUAAGACUGCCUUGUUUGAGAAUUGCGUAGCCUUCUUCCACCGCAGCACAACAUCGGCACUUGAAUCAAGCGAUUGCUCUGACAACGAGGUACCUUGA